AAUAGUCACGUGAUUUUGAAAAAUGAGCCCACAACUCACUUGGUCAGCUGUGAUUUUACUCUCAUCUUCGGUUGCUUUCAGUGAUAUAUUUCCCGCACUUUCUCGAUAUGAGCAGAGAUUCACCUAUUUGUAUCAGUGAUAGCGAUGAUGAUGAAGAAGAACAUAAGGUUAAGCAAAGACCUGUAGUUAUGGUGCUAACUGAUGACGAAGAAACUCCGCAAAACAGCAGUCGUUCGGAAGUAAAGUUUGACAACCAAGUCGAACUGGCGAGCUCUUCUGUCAAAGUGAAACAAGAGGACGAAGAAAGCUCUGAGACUUCGGAAACUCUAACAAAAUCACCUCAAAAGCCACUAACUCUUAAUGCAAAGCGCCUGAAAUGGCUGUCGGGGCAAAUUAAGCUGGAUAAGUUAAGCGCGAAGAAUAACAAGAGAGAAAACCAAAUGAAGGACGCCUCGUUGAACAGCACAUCGGAUGCAAAGUUGGGCAUUGUCAAGAAUGAGCCUCAACCUACAGAUGAACCAUUUCCAGAUAUGAAAACUAGUGAACAGCCGUCACCGAUCAAAAAACCUGAGCCAAUGUCUGGCAAACAAUCUCCUGUAUCUUCCCCCUUAAAGUAUGACAGAACAGAACCAGUGAAGAGAGGAACCCCUAAGAAGAAGACUGCGCUAGAGCGCUACAACAAUUCACYGAAAAAGRUUGGUGCUUUUGGCUCUCCAGAGAAACCACUCACCCAAACAACUCUAAACAAGGAAAGCUUCUCGCCAAAAAAGUUAAUGACAAGUAGCGACAAGAGGAUUGAUGAUAAUUCCAGUCAUAAUCCACCACUACAUGCCAGUCAAACCGACAGCUAUGGUAGGCUUCAGUGUAAUAAGGUUGUUGUUGGGUUUAGYCAUUCACAGUUAGCCUAUCUUGAGGGUAUAGAAGAGGAAGGUGACGAGUGUUCAUCAAGGUACAUUGAUACUUUGCUUGGUUUUGUUACUGCGUACUGCAAGCCAUCUCCCGAUUUGUGUUUCCGUGUCCUCAGUGAAAYACUUCUAAAGUCUCAAGACAAUGCUGUUUCGCUGAAGGCGUUUGGUGCAUUAAAACAAAUCCAGACUAUCCACCCUGUUGUACCAGARCAAAUGGGAAAAAGUGUCACUUUUGAGUUUCUUGAGGAGGUUGYCAAGAGACUAGAGAUGUCUGGAUGCAAAUGUAAGAACUACCAAGACACCAAAUGCCCUAGUAGUCUCUGCUUAAAGGCAGGAAAUGCAUUGAAAGCUUUGACUUUCAUAGUGGACGUGAUGGAGAAAGAGGUCAAACGAAAAAUGUCACCAAACAAAACKAUUGCAUAUCGACUCUUAUCACUUGAGAGCAAAUCUGCCAACAUUUGUAAAGUUCUAUCAUGGAUAACCACAUCUGCCAAUCUCUGCUGCAAUUUUAAAAGUGUUCCAGAUUUCUACAUCAUCUUAAACCUUUUCCAACGACUGCUUCAAUUAUGUUUAUCCAUCAGUGAAAACCCGGACAAWUGUGCUGAUAGUCUUGCCCAAGAAAUACUCAGCACCUACUCACAGCUUUCAAGUCUCGAGUGCAGGACAGUUUUUCUUCAGACACUGCCGUCUCAUUUACUGAAAAGCAAGUUCCUUCAACUGUAUGUUCAACUCUUCUGUGAAAUGCCCGAGCCUUGCGAACGUGAUUCAAGUUUAAAAGGAAUCCAGCAYAUCCUUGAAAGUGAUUUCCUUCGAUUGCCUCGAAAGAGAGAUGAUGUUGCAAACUUUGAAGCGCGAAUGUGUGCAAGUACUCAUAGGAGUGCGGAAGAAUGCGAGGAGCAUGCCAUGAUAAUUGCUUCGUCUUUGCAAAGCUACAUGUUUUCCCAUCACAAGAAGCUCAAGAGUUCUCCCAAGAAAUUAGCCCUGAACAGAGAUGGUCCUGAAAAAGUUAAUAACGUCAAUGACGAGCGACAUCUAUCGUUAAUUGAUAAAGAUGAAAUUGUGAACAUGGGGGAUAAAGUUCAAAUCUUUGCAGGGAGAAUGUUAAGUCUUUCUCCUUCCCUUACCGACAGAACCAUGCAUCUAGUAGAACUCCUUUCAGAUAUGAGACUUUGGGACCCUUGGUAAGCACACAGUUUAAUUGUCAGAUUGUAUUACAUAGUUAUCGAGUUAUUGACCAACGAGACAAAAUUGACGUUUGGUAGAGUGUCGGCUCUCAAGUUGAAUAGACUGUAUCUGAGAAUACAAUUGGGUCGUUGUUCAGCAAUGAUUCCAAAUCCAAAUUUCAGAUCUAAUUAACAAUUAGACCUCGCGGUCGAGGGGACUACGAGCUAAUA